AUGCAUUCUUCUAAGAAAUAUAGACACGGUGCCGAGUUGCAUUCCGUGUCUGAGGAUUCGGAGGGUGGGUACAAAUUGGUCCGUUUUGGAAAACGCAAGGGAGUGGAGGGAUGUCCGAGAAGGGCUAGAGAAUGCGAGUUGGGCAAGAGAAAGAAUUUUACCCAAGAUGAGAGUCUGGGAGAGAGUGAUUCAGAAAGCCGUGACGAUGGAUCGGAUAAUAGGAAGGAUGCGAGGUCCGGGCUGGAUACGAGUCUGGAUGGCAGCUCCUCGGGUGAAGACUCAAGCAGAAAUGCUGAUGCACCUAUUUGGUCUUCGAAGGGGAUCGAGGAGGCGCCGGUACACGCCGGGGACGCGAGGAAGGCGGAGAAAGGCUUGAAGGAACGCAGGGCGUUGCGUGAGGAGUCAGUUCGGGGUGCGGGGUCUUCUUUGCCGGGCGCGAGCGAGGGGGAUUGUGAUGGGUUGCCAGAGAGCGUCAUUCGGGGCGCACUGUCCUACGAAGAGAUGGAGAGCCAGAACAGAUUGAAGGAGGAAGAAGAAGCGAAAAGGAGGAAGGAAAGGGAGUUAGAAGAGAAUCGGUUGGAGGAAGAGAUUGCGUCGAAGCCUGUACAGGUCGUACAUUUGUACGACAAGAGCGGCCUGGGAAUUUUUGAAGAGAGGAAGCGGGCGAGGAUAAAGGCUGAGAAAUUUUUGAAAGAUCACUUUUGGGGAGCUCGUCUAGAGAGAAUGAGAAACGAUCAGUUCAUGGACCAGAAGGUGAUUGGCCCGGCCGUUCACUUUCAGGUACCCAAUGCACGUGAACGGUCGCUCAAAAGGAAGCGCAAGGUGGCCGGUUGA